AUGAAGGGGGACGUGUCCCUCACUCCCAUUCCAGGGGACGUGUCUCUCACUCCCAUUCCAGGGGACGUGUCUCUCACUCCCAUUCCAGGGGAUGUGUCCCUCACUCCCAUUCCAGGGGACGUGUCCCUCACUCCCAUUCCAGGGGACGUGUCCCUCACUCCCAUUCCAGGGGACGUGUCCCUCACUCCUAUUCCAGGGGACGUGUCCCUCACGCACAUUCCAGGGGACGUGUCCCUCACUCCUAUUCCAGGGGACGUGUCCCUCACGCACAUUCCAGGGGACGUGUCCCUCACUCCCAUUCCAGGGGACGUAUCCCUCACUCCCAUUCCGGGGGACGUGUCCCUCACUCCCAUUCCAGGGGACGUGUCCCUCACUCCCAUUCCAGGGGACGAGUCUCUCACUCCCAUUCCAGGGGACGUGUCCCUCACUACCAUUCCAGGGGACGUGUCCCUCACUCCCAUUCCAGGGGACGUGUCCCUCACUCCCAUUCCAGGGGACGUGUCCCUCACUCCCAUUCCAGGGGACGUGUCCCUCACUCCCAUUCCAGGGGACGUGUCUCUCACUCCCAUUCCAGGGGACGUGUCUCUCACUCCCAUUCCAGGGGACGUGUCCCACACUUCCAUUCCAGGGGACGUGUCCCUCACUCCCAUUCCAGGGGACGUGUCUCUCACUCCCAUUCCAGGGGACGUGUCCCUCACUACCAUUCCAGGGGACGUGUCUCUCACUCCCAUUCCAGGGGACGUGUCCCUCACUACCAUUCCAGGGGACGUGUCCCUCACUCCCAUUCCAGGGGACGUGUCCCUCACUCCCAUUCCAGGGGACGUGUCCCUCACUACCAUUCCAGGGGACGUGUCCCUCACUACCAUUCCAGGGGACGUGUCCCUCACUCCCAUUCCAGGGGACGUGUCUCUCACUCCCAUUCCAGGGGACGUGUCCCUCACUCCCAUUCCAGGGGACGUGUCCCUCACUCCCAUUCCAGGGGACGUGUCCCUCACUACCAUUCCAGGGGACGUGUCCCUCACUCCCAUUCCAGGGGACGUGUCCCUCACUCCCAUUCCAGGGGACGUGUCCCUCACUCCCAUUCCAGGGGACGUGUCCCUCACUACCAUUCCAGGGGACGUGUCCCUCACUACCAUUCCAGGGGACGUGUCCCUCACUCCCAUUCCAGGGGACGUGUCCCUCACUCCCAUUCCAGGGGACGUGUCCCUCACUCCCAUUCCAGGGGACGUGUCCCUCACUCCCAUUCCAGGGGACGUGUCCCUCACUCCCAUUCCAGGGGACGUGUCCCUCACUACCAUUCCAGGGGACGUGUCCCUCACUCCCAUUCCAGGGGACGUGUCCCUCACUCCCAUUCCAGGGGACGUGUCCCUCACUACCAUUCCAGGGGACGUGUCUCUCACUCCCAUUCCAGGGGACGUGUCCCUCACUACCAUUCCAGGGGACGUGUCCCUCACUCCCAUUCCAGGGGACGUGUCCCUCACUCCCAUUCCAGGGGACGUGUCCCUCACUACCAUUCCAGGGGACGUGUCCCUCACUACCAUUCCAGGGGACGUGUCCCUCACUCCCAUUCCAGGGGACGUGUCCCUCACUACCAUUCCAGGGGACGUGUCCCUCACUCCCAUUCCAGGGGACCGUCGACAUUGUCACGCCCAAAAUCGGAUGGCAGAAGUCCGCAUUAGCAGAAUAACAACAGAUGCAUUUGGCAAGAACAAGACAGUUGGCAAGAACAAAUUUGCCAACAUCUGCGUGUCCUUCAGUAAUGUCGACAACGGAGCUUUCAAGGCCUUAUAUGCAGUGAAGCGAGAAUAUGAAAGAGGAACUGCUAUCAAAGAGGCGCAGUCUAGCAAAUGUACAGAACUUCAACAAAGUAUUCCUGCAGAGGAAUAUGACAAGGGCCGAGAGAGUGAGGGCAGCAGACACAAUCCAGAUAGCAGAAAGAGAAAGAAAGCAGAUGGUAGUAGAGUGGAGCUACUGGUCAAAAGAGAAUCUAGGUUAGAAGAGAACGCCAAUAAUAAGGACAAUGUUGCAGAAGGAAAACAUUGGUUAUUGCUGUCGUUUACAAUUCCCCCAGAGAAUAACAGAAGACCCCUGACAAGAAUUAGAAAAUACAAUGUGUGA